AUAUUACCUAACCCAAAAGAAUACCACAAAAAAAUUCUCACGUGAUAUUGCAUAAAAAAAAAAACAACCAUAAACAAAAAUAUUUACGGCAACUCCUUAAAACACCUACAAACACUUAUACUCACAUUCACUCACUCACGCUCUCCCACCAGCGCUCCAACGCAAACGCUAUCACUCUCUGCAUAUGCUCAUACCAACUUGGCGUUACUCAUUCAUCAUAAGUGAGCCAACAACACAACAACAUUGCCAGCAAGAAAGUCAGCCAGCUGCAGCAGCGCCAGCAACAACACAACAACAACACAAAAGGCAGCAGUGACAGUCAACAAUAAGCAACGAAACGGCUUGCUUUUGUUGCUGCUACAUUAUAAACGUUUUGUUUUCUUUAGUACUGCUGUUGUUAUUGUCAGCCUUAUUGUGCCGGCACUGGCAGCUAGUAGGCAAGCAAGUUAUAUUCGGGCAAGCUUUGCGCCAAGUUGCUGCUGCCGCUGUCGUCGCCGCUGCUGCUGCUGCUGCUAAAGUGAAAGUUGCACAAAAGCGUGGUCCGUUAUCUUGGCAGCACGACAGCGCGUACAAGCAAUUCACACCAGCACCAGCGCCAGCACACACUCAUACCUUGAACGUCCACGCUGAUGGACGCAUGUGCGGCAGCUCGCUGUAGUGACUUGACUUCGCUUCCACCAUUGGACAUUUGUGCACCGAACAUUAAGCAAACAUAAUAUAUUCUUAUAAAUAUAUACGUAUGAACGCAUACAUACUGACAUGUAUGAGCGCACUACAAAUUAAACUCGUUCGGAAUUUCUACAAAAUAGCUUGUAGUGUGCGGUUCUUUAACGGUGCUGCGUGUUUAGCCGAGGCCGAAGCAAAUGUUAAUUUCCACUCACCUUUCUAAGUCUACUUUCUGUGCUCCAAAACGCAACAAUUAAAUCAACAGCAUUGCAAAUAAGUAAUUGUCACGACGACGAACGCAUGGCGGAGAACACAAAACUUAUUAAAUAGAAAAAUAAUUGAAAACUUCGACAAAUCGCGUAUUGACCGCAAAAUCUUAUUCAAAGACAUACAGCAAAAGGCAUUUGCAAAAAAUAAAUAAAAUAAAUCGAAAAUAAACAAAAACAAAUCAAACUUUGCAACGAAAGCAACGAAUUUGUUGUUGUAAUAUUUCGCCAAAAUUCUGUGCCGUGGAAAUUGUUCUAAUCUGCACUUCAGAAUAGCGCCGAAAUGCUGAAGUGGGUUAGCACGGCGACGCGCCGCAGCGCGUGGCUAUCCACAACAAGAACAACGGCAACAACGACGACGACGAAUGCCAAAAAGUCAACAGUGAAUAGAGCAACAAAAACACCAGCGUCAGCAGCACAUGCGCUGACCUCCAAAUCAACAUCAAUCAAUUUCGCCAUGUGGCUGCUAACAACCGUGUGUAUAAUGGCCGCAUUAGCGCAGGUGACAAAUGGAUUUAAGCCAAUUGAUGUGAAUAACAGUGAAGGACGAAAACUCUUCGGCGGCUACCGGAUAACACCGAAGCAUUGUCGCGCCACCAAAACGCUAGCGAUGAAUGACCCACGUAAAAAUGGACCCACAAUCUGUAUGUUCAAUCACGAGUGUGCGCAACGGAAUGGCGAAGUGGUAGGCGCGUGUAUGGAUGGCUUCCUCUUUGGCGCUUGUUGUCAAAUACCCAGUGAACAGGAUCUUGAGACUACGCUGCUAAAUGAUGCACAGAACUCCUACUACCAACAACACCAACAGCAAAAGUUGCAAGAUGAGUAUGGUGGAGCCAAUCAAGCGGUGGCACAAUCUUACGAAACAUAUGGCGAGAGUCAACAACAACACUCACAAGAGACCAAAUACAGUCCGCCAACAUUCAAGCCAAAAACAAAGCCACAGCGCAUACAGAAACCGCAACAACAACAACAGCAGCAGAAAUACAAGCCACAGUUACCGAAACCCAUCUAUGGUGAUGUGGGGGACACGCCAUCCGAAGAGGUUAAGCAACCCGAGAACAGUUACACACAAACAAAUAUAGAUAAAGUCUUCCAGCAGCUUGAGAGUAGCAGUAGCGCGGCAACUUCUUACGAAGCGCUGCAUACGCAGCAAGAAGACGCGGCCAAUAACAAGUAUCAAUCGCAGGAAUCGGUGCCCAACACAAGCACCCUGUAUAUGAUGGAGUCAUUGGAAAGUGCACAACAGGAAAUUCAACCGUCAGUUGGACCCACUGCUUCCUAUUACGAGCAAGCGCAAUCCAUGCAAAUGGAGAGUCAACAAGCUGAUAGUCAACAGCAGGAGGAGGAGUUGCAGCAAGAGAAAGAACAAGAACAACAGGAGCAACAGCAACAACAGCACGAGAAUCAAGAUAUUUCGUUUGAGGGCGCAUCACACUCUAGUUUGGCUAGUGAAGAUUCGAGCACACAAUCUUCUAGCGUAGAGUUGGAGAAGGAGGCACAAAUGCAGACGGAUCAAGUUGUUGCAAAUACCAAUAAUGUGCAUGUAUCUUUCACCACCGCAGCGCCACCACUAAACGAUGACUUUGUUUUGGACCUGCUAAGCACCACAUUACCGCCAUCACUCGAAGAAGAGCCGGCCUCACUUACCACAACGGGUCUGCCAAUGCGCAUUGUGAACGGACUCACCGAACCAAACAGCUCAUCGGAGUCGAACUCCUUCGAAGAGUUGCCCGUAACACAAAACCCAGUGCAAGGCAAUGACUGGGAAGCGAAUACGACGGAAGAAGAUUCGAAAACCGAGUCGCAAGAACAACAGACCGCCAAACCGCAGCCCAAACCAAAACCAAAGCCACAGCAACAAACCAAGCGACCACAAGUACAAAUGUUCCGGCCACAACCACAAAGGCAACCAUCCCGACCACAAGUGCAACAGUCACAGCAGCAGAAACAGACACAAAAACCGCAACAGCAACAGCAACAUAACCACAAUCACCUCAUACUUGACGGCGCUGAGUUCACACACAGCGAUAUCACACAUCCAGGCGCCGAUGCGGACUUAAUAGAGGAUGAUCUGCAAUUUUCAACCGGCUAUGGCCCACAACCGGUGUACAUGGAAGCGCCUGUGCGUCAACCUUCGCCCAUCAGCUAUCAACCAUCAACCACAACAACAACGACGCAUGCCUCAUUAGCGCCGGAAGAUAAAUACGAUUUAGUGCAGAGCGUACACGAUGAGGAGGCUAGCAAAAAACCACCCACAUAUGGUGAGCCCACAACGGGCACCUCCAUCACCACACAUGUAGACUCCAUCGAAUCCAUAAUACUGCAGUUGAAUGGCACCACAAACCAUGGACCCACCUAUAAUAUUGUCAGUCAGCAACAACCACAAACGGUCUCCUAUGAUGCGGUAGCCGAUGCGUCGGCAAGCAAAUAUGAACCAACCGGUAGCGGUACACAUUAUGGCACAACAACACCUAUCACAACAGGUGAAUUAGUGUAUGGCGGCGCAACAACAAAUUACUAUGACGAUGUGGAGACCAAGCGUCCGGAAGAUUACUAUACCGAAGCUGAACAAUCGAAUACGCCGAACUAUUCGCCGGUCACAGCGCAAGUACCCGCAUAUUUGGAGCCUGAAAGCACCGACCUACAUCCCGCACAACAACAGCCUUCACAUUCGUAUGUGUCUAAGCCUUCUGUCAGCGCAGUCACGCACGAAGUGCACAGCUCAACGACCGCUGGCAACUAUGCGGAAGACGCAGCCGCUGCGCUGGACGAACACACGAUGCCAGCAAAUAAUUAUAACGAUGUAUUGCAAGCGUCCUCCCACCAAACGCACGAGUUCAACAAAAUGCCCGUGCUCGGCAUUGCCUAUCCAGUUGAUAUGUCGCAUAUGGAGGAAGAGGGCAAUUUUGCACCGGAUGCUGCAAGCAAUUACGGUCAUGUACAACAUGCAACCACCCAGGGCUCAAUCGACAAAAUAGACGAAGCAGAAGCAGUGGACUCGAGCUACGCACAGGUACCCAUUGUUAGUGGCAAGCCACAGAGACCAGUAGCGCCAUAUGUUGGUAUGGUGAAUGUGCAGAAUUACAAUGGCGCCAAACUGCCAACGACCGUUGUGUACAGUGAUGUGCCGCAGGAAGUAUCUGUCUCUUCGCAUGCGACUAAAGUACAAGAUACACAGGCAGCUGCGGCGUCGUAUCAUACACCUAAACCCGACACGUUGACCACAAUCCAAUAUGUGGACCAAAGCACGGUCGCACAACGUCCAACAAUUAGCAAGACAACCGCCUCGGCCUAUUUGACACCAACUACCACGCCGAUACCACCACGUCCACAAUAUAAUGCCGAACCUGUUGCUGUUACCUCAACAGCACGUCCUAUUUCCGGCAUAAUCACGUCGAGCGGUACCAGACCACGCCCUCGGCCACGUCCAAAACCGAGUACCACACGCCCGAAUAACAAAAAGAAACCGAGUGCAGCAAAGAAACCCACUACUGCAAGGCCUUUGAGUACUUAUAGCCAGGCACCAGUGCAACCUGCCAGUAAUUAUGGCGGUGAACAGGUACAAACAAAGAAACCAGCUGCACAACCCUCAAACAACUAUCAGAGUACAAAUCAAAAUACCAAGAAACCAGCGGCACAACCCGCUAACAGUUAUCAAGCGCCAAAUGUCAAUACCAAGAAGCCAACAGCGCAACUCUCGAACGAUUAUCAAGAACCCAACUACAAUAAGAAGAAACCGGCACAACAACCCUCUAACACGUAUAAUGACAACGCUCCAGAGAACGCUUAUGUACAGCGACCAGUGCAAGCUUCGCAAGCGCAAACUCAACAACCUGCGAAGAAACCAUCGAAACAACCCACCAAGCAAACUGUGAAGCGGCCAGUGAAGCAACCAGCUACCAACUACCAGCACAACAAACCCACAUACGUAAAGCGUCCGACUCCAGCGCCACAGCCCAGCAACAACUAUAACGCCAAACCCGCUACAAAUACCUUUAAUGUUGAGCCGGUAUACCAGAGACCAGAACAACAACCCACCUACAAUGCCGAGCCUGUGACCAGGAAACCUGCCAGUCAGUCGACAAAUGCAUACAAUGAUAACACUUAUGGUACCACUACGGCGACGCGAAAACCCAUCAGUCACACGGCUGCCAUCUACGACGACCAUGUGGAUGAACAAAAUCUGCCCGAACAGGAGGCGCAGCUCUCAACGGACAACUACGACACAUAUCCUCAAGGUACCAAGCUUACCUCACAAGACUAUGGACAGGACUAUGAUAAACCAGAUGCUGCGUAUGAACAAAAUGUUAAAGUCCCGCAACCCACUUUCGAAUCGGACGCCUAUUAUCCAGCGCCACAACCGUUGGGCGGCUCUACAAAUCGACCCAUCAUUGUACGCAAACCAAGUGUGGACAGUGCAGCACCAACCACAUCUCGUCCGAGCACAACAUUUAUUUAUCACGACUCCGAGGUACCGCCAAUCGUAACGGCCGAUGACAAGCUCGACGUUUUCGUACACGGUACUGUGCAAUCGCAAGUUUAUGGCGGUGAUGGAAAACCACAAUAUGCGGACCGUCCACAAUAUACAUAUGUACACAAAAAACCGGGCUUCGUGAAGGUAACAUCGAAACCGAUAUCCACCACAAAUGGCGUUAUUACACCCAAGCCAACGCUAUUCACACUCGUCACAAAUAGCGAUUGGCCGCAAAGACCGAGCAGCGCCGGCACGAUCUACGAUGAUAAUGCAUUCCCGCCAACAACGCCAUUGCCCGCCUUCAGCAGCACGUCAUAUAUUUACAGUCCCGUGGUAACGCGACGUCCCGACUUGGCUAUAAACACGCCCGAAUACGUCAACCUAGCUGGCGUCACAACGAAUGACUUCGAUGAUCCAGGUUACUAUGGUGCACAGAAUGUCGCACAAAACGUUGCACAGAAUGGCGUGCAUCCGGCCUUUACGCAAUCGAUAGCCGAUACCGAGUAUGGUGUGCCCUCUGAUGAUCGUCCCGCAUUCCCAGGCUACUAUGGACCAACACCCACUUAUCCGCCAUUUGCCAUACCUGGUGAAAAACUUGGCGCACCAGUCGAAGAGGAAACCUACACAUCGCCCAAUGACUUUGUUAAUUUCCCACCUGUACGCAAUCCCAACCUCAACAUGUCGGCAACAUCGAGCGCCGUCACUACCGAUUUGGAACUGUCAACACCCGCCUUCGUUGAAGAUGGUGUUUUGAAGGACAAAAUGAAUACUUUGGUGCACAAGAUUGUCGAAUCGCUGCAGGGCAACUUCGAUGCGCUGGCCGACAUGAUUGACGAGUCAAAUAACACCGCACCGGCCGGACCACCAUCAACAUAUCAAGCGGCCGGCGCAGGCGCUGGUAGCGCGGCUACAACACGCAAGCCGACAAGAAAACCAACACGUAUAGCCACACAAAAACCGACCACCCGACGUCCAGCGACACGUGUCACCACCAAACAACCGACGCGUCGACCGGCAAGCACUACCAGACGUCCGGCUACGCGGCGUCCCACAACAACCACACGUCGGCCGACUACGCGCAAGCCGACACGUCGUUUAACAACCACAACAACAACGCAAGCACCAGCCCAAGAUGAGUUGGUGGACGAAGAAGAUGAAGAGGACGUAAAUCCAUUGGAUAAUGAGAUCGGUGACCAGGAAGAAGUUUACGCUGGCGCUGGUGGACGCAAAUUUAAAUGCGGCGUACGGCCACACAUCAAAUCUGGCAGAAUUGUAGGCGGCAAAGGUUCCACAUUCGGCGCUUACCCAUGGCAAGUGCUCGUACGUGAAUCCACAUGGUUGGGACUUUUUACCAAGAACAAAUGUGGCGGAGUUUUGAUAACGAAUCGUUAUGUCAUCACAGCGGCACAUUGUCAGCCGGGUUUCCUGGCCUCAUUAGUCGCUGUUAUGGGUGAGUUUGAUAUCUCAGGCGAUUUGGAGAGUAAACGUGCUGUUACGAAGAAUGUGAAGCGUGUCAUUGUCCACCGUCAAUACGAUCCGGCGACAUUCGAAAAUGAUUUGGCGUUGCUUGAGCUCGAGAGUCCAGUACAAUUUGACACACAUAUAGUGCCAAUUUGUAUGCCCAACGAUUUAGCAGACUUCACCGGUCGUAUGGCGACAGUCACCGGUUGGGGACGUCUCAAGUAUGGCGGCGGCGUGCCAUCCGUUUUGCAGGAAGUUCAGGUGCCAAUUAUUGAGAACAGCGUCUGUCAGGAGAUGUUCCAUACGGCGGGACACAACAAAAAGAUUCUGAGCUCAUUCCUGUGCGCCGGCUAUGCAAAUGGGCAAAAGGACUCGUGUGAGGGUGACAGCGGUGGUCCAUUGGUGCUUCAGCGACCCGAUGGUCGUUACGAAUUAGCCGGCACUGUAUCGCACGGUAUCAAAUGUGCGGCGCCAUAUCUGCCCGGUGUAUAUAUGCGUACGACAUUCUACAAGCCGUGGCUGCGAAGCAUAACGGGUGUCAAAUAAAUCACGAAAAGCAACAGUCGGAGCAACAACACCAACAACAACAAAAGUACAUAAAGCAACGCAAUAGCAAUAACAAUACCAACAUUGUCAUUAUACAUAUUAAAUACAGUUAGUUAGGUAUACAAAAACGAUUACAUAUACACAUACACAUAUAGAACAUAGAUAUGUAAGUGCGUGUAAACAGCGCGCAACAACAAAAACCCUAGUAAAUUCGAAGUUAGUGAAAAUUAUGAGUAUAAAAAGAAGAGGAAGAAAUUUGUGUAAAAAUAUGAAAAUGGCGAAAAUGUAAAAAGCAAAAACGAAAAUGUGCAAAAUGAGAUUUAGAAGUCAGCGCAAUGCAAGCGCCGAAAUGUAUAUGCCGUUAUAAGGUAAGCCAACACACACACACACAGCAGCAAACCAGCGAGCGAGCGAAAUGAGAAAUUGCGCAAAAAUUCAGUUACCCAAAGCGAGAAAAAAUUAUUAAUGGAAUUAUGUUUAGACGCUUGGAAGAUGUACCUUCUCACAUGCAUACAUAAAUGCUGAAAUUGAAAAUUUUCACAGUCAACGCUGUAGCUUAUGCCUUUUUUCAUAUUUUUUUACAGUUUAAGAUUUUUUACGCUUGCUCUUCGCACAUAAUAAUCAAAGCUUGUAUAAAAGCGUGCGCUACCAAAAAUAGCUACCCUAAAUAUGGCUGUUGUCAGGUAUUUGUGAAAGCCGGUAGUCAACGCCUGUGGGUAUGCUAAGUUUUUUGGUUAUCUUAAUUAAAGCCUGUAGCUUUGGCGUGCACGCAACUUUUUCCACUUAAAUCUAUGCUAAAGAAUGAUUAGUGGGCUUGUUUUCACUUAAUAGCAUACUUUUUGGCGCAAUGCAAAAUAUACGCCGACACUUGAAAGCAAACACAGCGCAACAUUUUCAAAAACAACAAAAUUUUAGAUAAUCUUCCAACACGGUUUUGGGUGGGUUAGUGGAAAUUGCGCGAAAUUUCAUAGCUAAAAAGCGAAAAACAAAAAAAUUGUGCCUAAGUAGUCUGAAUGUUGAAAUGCAAUUUGAUGUUUUGUCUUAGUGUUAAAGUAAUUUUACGCAACUAAAGCAACAAAAACAUAUAAAUAUGAUAUUGUUAGUUAAUUUUACAAACAUAAAUUGUAUGAAGUAGCGAGCAGUCAUUGAGUUGUUCAUAAUUUAAUUUUAUUUUUAAAUAUUUAUUGCAUACUUUUAAGCGCCCAAACUAUUUAUUGAACUAUUUAUUUAUGAGUCUAUGCUAUAAUGGAUUUAGGCAUU